AUGACAAUAAAUACACCAUUAAUUCAAUGGGUACCACAGAUUAAAGUCGAUAUUCAUCAAAUUCUUGUCAUGUACAGGAAAGUUGUUGUUCACAGAUGCAAAAUCGCAUGCAUUUGCGCAGAAUUACAAAAAUUUCGAUCAAAUGUGAUGAAUAGAGUACGUCCAGGACAGAUCGCAUCGCCAAAGGAGCAUGGAGAGAUACAGAAACUCAUCUCACAUAUCAAAGGAAUGUAUGGAUUAGUUCAAUCUUUAUGUGAAGAUCAAUAUAUCAAUACAGUACUUCAUAAAUCGCCGAGGGAGAUUCUGCAGCAUCUAAGGGAGUUUAGAAUGAACUUUAAUGCACUUACUGUCUCAUUAAAACUUGCAAAUAAAGAUCCAUUACCUCUAAACCAAGCGCAGGAGGCAAUAGAUGAUCUGGCUGAUCUCCAAGACAUAGUUGAACGUCUUAAAUUCAUGAAAAAUGAAAAUCUUUUGCAAGAAUCGAAUUCUGUUUUGUAUGCAAAGCGUCUUGAAGAGUUGGAAGGCAUUGUGCGCGAAUACCAGAAUGAUGAAGAAGAAUCAAAUCAAUCUCUUAGGGAGAAAACGCGUAUUUUGACCCAGGAAGAGAUAAAUGAUAAGGUUAAAUUCCUUGAACCAUGGAUUUACAAACAAUUCGACUUCGAUCUGAAGAAAGUGAUUGGACAUGGAGCAUUUGCUGAUGUCUAUUGGUCUUAUCAAGUGAGUGAUAACAUGAAUAACAGAAUUGUCGCUGUUAAAAAGAUGAAAGCUGCGCAUUUCACUCAAUAUUCCCUUGAAAUGUUCAUGAGAGAGAUCACAAUCUUCAGUAAAAUGAACCAUCCAGCGAUUUUACCUUUUGUUGGCGUUACAAUUACACCUCCUUUCUAUAUCGUCACUGAAUUCAUGGAAGGUGGAUGCUUAUACAACCGUCUUCAUGACAACCAGCCGCUCAGAGACCCAACAAAGCUCACAAUCAUCGCAAUUGGUGUUGCCCAUGCAAUGAAAUACCUCCAUUCACAGGGAAUCGUACACAGAGACCUCAAAUCCCUCAACGUUCUCCUUGAUGCAAACGAUUUUCCGAAAGUUUGCGAUUUUGGAAUGUCAAGAACUCUUCCGGAGAACGGCGAAUUGAUGUCAGGCAGCGUAGGAACAGUCCAGUGGAUGGCUCCUGAGGUUCUCAAGUCCGAGCGCUACACAGAAAAAGCUGAUGUUUACUCAUACGGUGUUCUUCUAUGGGAAUUGCUAACAGGAGACUCUCCAUUCAAGAAGAUGAGAGAUGUACAGGUAACGAUAGCUGUUUUGUCCUCAAAUGCAAGACCAAUGAUGCCUCCAAAUCCAUCAAGGAUCUCCAAACUCAUCAAAAUCUGCUGGGACACAGACCCUGAUAAGCGUCCUGACUUCGAAACAAUUGCAAAAAUACUUGAGUCCGGUGAAUUAGACUUCCCUGGUGCAAGAAGAGAGGAUAUCGAAGCUUACAUCAAUCUCCUGAACGAACAGGACACAAGUAGUGUCAAAAUCGAUAUCAACACACCUUCACAAGAAACAGCACAGGAUAUUGUCGAUAAAUUUUCCGACCCUGAAAAAUGUUUGGACUCAAUUUUGAAAGCAGAGUCACUUUUUGAUGAAGAAAACUGGACACAGCUAUUUUUGAAUGCAAAUAUAGCAGAGAAGAUCCAUGAAUCAUUAACCAAAUGUGAAGAUGCAAGAGUUGCAAAUGUUUUAUUCCAAUUAAUUGCGAAAUGUUUCAGAAACAAUGAAUUUCUCCAUAAAUUCAUUGAUUUGCAGCCAGUCGAAGCAUUGAUUGAAGUUGUAAGACAUUUGUCUUCAACGUCAAUGUCAUACUGCGUAGAAGUAUUGACUCCUCUUCUUAAAUUAAACCUCUUGAAACUCAAUGGUGAAGUGAUAACAAAAAUUUCCGCUUUUUUGGUCACUUCACAAAUCAAUCAAAGAAAGUUAACAGCAGACUUUCUCAAGGAAAUGAUUGACAGGAAGUGCUAUGAAGAAGAAGCUUCUCUUGCUAAUCCAGUCCAUAAUUGCUUGGUUAACGCGAUGCCUGAAACAGAAGGAAAUUUGCUUUUCUCCAUUAUCUCUCUUUUGGAAAAAUUAUCAACAUUCAAGAGUGCGGCAGAAGCCAUCAGAUCAUCAGUCGAUGGCUUCAAGAGAUUGCUUGAAUUAUGCAAAGUUUCCAAUGAAGAAAUCGCUUAUCUAAGUUUAGUUGUCGUAAGAAGAUUGUCUGAAGAAUUGUCUUCUCCAAAUUCUGAUGACAAAAUCAAACUGUUUUGUGGAGUGUUCCCUUCAAUUGUUUUGAGAUCAAGCAGAUUUACCAAUCUUUCAUUGACAACACUAGCUUUGUCAGGAAGAUCUGUAAAUGGUCCGAAGAUAAUAGCAAAUUGCAGAGAAUGUUUGAGUUCUCUUCAAAAAUGCCUUGAAAUCAAUGAUGAAAUAACAACAUUGAUUAGUUUGAAAUUACUAUCAACAAUGUUCUAUUUCAGAUCUGUUUUCGGAAUGAUAGAAUUCUUGGCAAAAUACAUAAAACCAAAAUAUUCUCAUCCGUCAAAAAAUGUCAGAAAAUUGACAGCUGUUUGUCUUUCAAUUUUCAUGAAAAACGCAACAGAAGAUUGGACGGAAUUAAUAGGAGAAGGACUUGUAGAGUUCAUUAAAGGUCUUUUCAAAGAAGAAGAUCUAUUAAUUGAUGCAUUAAAACUUUGUGGAGUUUUUUCAACAAAAUUUGACGGUUCACGGCUUCUCUCAAAAAGUGGAAUUGUUCAAGACAUUGUUAAUGUUUUAAACAAAGAUGAUGAGAGAUUACAAGAGCUCAGUUGCAUUGUUUUAGCAUCAUAUAGCUCUCAAUUUCCAUUUUCAACUCCAGCUUUAGAUGCAAUUGAAACAAUUUUAACAUUUGUUGAAAAAGAUUUUGCAGCUCCAAGUUCUUUGAUUUUCAUUGCAAAUGUUGCAAUAAACAAACAGGCCUCAAUAAAGAUUGCAAAGCGAGUCGGAAUUCUUUUGAAAAUGAUUGAAGAAAAGAGAGACAACGAAACAAUUAUUCGUGUUUUAGUUGCUUUGCAAAGAAUUUCCGCAAACACUGAAGCAGCAGAAAUAAUCAUAAAAGAGAACGAAAAAUUGUUUGUUUUGAUGUCUGAUUUAUUUGGAACAUCAUUUGAGGGAUACUCUUAUACAAUCAUUAACUCUUUGUCUCUUAUUUCUUGCGCGAAAGAAAUUGUUUCUAAGACUCAAAUUCCAAGUUUAGUCUACGAAAAAAUCCGUCAAAUGGAAUUGACUGAUCCUUUGAGACCUCAAAUACUUAACUUAGUCUCAAGACUCGUGUUUUAA